UACAGUUUUUAUUUAUUCUCAAUUAUUUUAUGAUAAUUCACCACUUAAUUUGUUCCCAAAUAAAAGUGUUUAAAUAGCUGGUUUAACCAUGAAUAAAUAAGUGGCUGCAAGAGCAUCAACAUUCCUGACAUUCCGUAUGUCAAAUAAUCAAACACUGUCGUUUAAGCGGUAACCUAUGUAGAUGAAAUAAUUAAUAAAUAAAUAAUACUAAGUGAUAAUGAAAUAACCUGCUAGUCACCAUAAAACAAAUAAUUUGACUUUAUUAGUAGGCAUACCAUACAGAAAGUUGUGUAAUAUGUGGGACUCUUCGAUGUUUAUGAAUACUUUGACACCUAAGUUCUAUGUAGCUCUCACUGGAACUUCGUCGUUAAUAUCAGGUUUAAUCUUAAUAUUUGAAUGGUGGUAUUUCAGAAGAUAUGGAACCUCCUUCAUUGAACAAUUGUCUAUUACGCACAUCAGCCCCUGGAUAAGCGGAGAGACUACUGAAAAUGUGAACAUUCAUAAUGGAAGUAGUGGUCCAGGUCAAGGGGAAUGUAAAGUUUGGAAGAACCCUUUAAAUUUAUAUAGGGGUGCAGAGUAUCAAAGGUUUUAUUGGGCUACUAAUAAGGAACCGCUUACAUAUUAUGAUAUGAACUUAUCUGCACAAGACCAUCAAACAUUAUUUACUUGUGAAGCUGAUGCUGGAAAGGAAGAGUAUGAAAUAAUGCAAACAGCUUGGAGAGAAAGGAAUCCACAAAUCAGGAUAAAAGCUGCCCAUGAUGCAUUAGAAAAAAAUCCAGAUUGUGCCCCAGCAUAUAUUUUAUUGGCUGAAGAGGAAGCAACAACUAUUUUGGAAGCUGAAAAGAUAUUAAAACAAGCAUUGAAAGUAGCAGAAGCAAACUCCAGAAAGUCGCAACCACUGCAACAUACAGGUCCUCUAAUGGAAGGACAGCAUAGGAGGGACACAAAUGUCCUUAUUUAUAUUAAAAGAAGAUUAGCUAUGUGUGCCAGGAAGUUGGGCAAGUUAAAAGAGGCAGUUAAAAUGUUCAGAGAUUUAACUAAAGAAAUACCUCCAAUUAUAAGUAUUCUAAAUAUACAUGAAAAUUUAAUUGAAGUUUUGUUGGAAAUGCAGGCUUACCCAGAUGUUCAAGCAGUAUUAGCCAAAUAUGAUGACAUUACAUUACCCAAAUCUGCAACAAUAUGUUACACUACAGCUUUGUUGAAAGCCAGAGUGGUUGCCGAUAAAUUCUCGCCAGAUAUUGCCAGCAAAAGAGGUCUGACUCCAGCUGAAUUGUCAGCUGUAGAAGCAAUUCAUCGCGCCGUUGAAUUCAAUCCGCACGUGCCAAAAUACCUAUUAGAAAUGAAGCCAUUAAUAUUACCUCCAGAACAUUUACUAAAGAGAGGAGAUUCAGAAGCUUUGUGUUACACGUUCUUUCACUUAGCCCAUUGGAAAGCUGUUGAUGGAGCAUUGAAUUUAUUACAUUGCACUUGGGAAGGCACUUUUAGGAUGCUGCCCUCUCCUUUAGAAAGAGGACAUUUGUUUUAUCCAUAUCCCACGUGUACGGAAUGUGCUGACCGAGAAUUGUUACCGGCAUUUCAUGAUAUCUCGGUGUAUCCCAAGAAGGAAUUGCCAUUUUUUAUUAUAUUUACAGCUGGUUUAUGUUCAUGUACCGCACUUCUUGCCCUUCUAACUCAUCAGUAUCCUGAGACAAUGGCACUCAUUGCCAGAUCACUAGUACAUUGGAUCUCACUACCAGCUUACUACAUUUAUGAAAAGAUUGAGAGUAUUGUGCCCUCAAAUUUACUUCAACAACUUUCCAGAAUAUAGGAUUUUGCCUAUAGAUUCAUCUAUUAGCAUGUGACGCUAAAUUUAUUAGCAGUUCUUAUUUAUUAAAAAAUUGUGAUUUGUACAGUAUAUUUAAACUAUAUGUUUUUAAAAAAUUGAUCUUAUUUACGAGUAUUUUAAUUGUUCUGGCGUAUUGAAUAAAGCUACAUUAAAGUUA